CAGUCGUCAUUUAGAAAAUUAAAACUUCAAACAAAUAACGUUCUGUUCCGCUGUCAUUUGUUUGUGUUUUUAAAUUUUCUUUUUCUUUCUGGCCAGUCCGCGCGAGUUUUUCAAAAUGGCCGUUCGGUUUCUAUUGUAUUUCUUUUGUUUGGUGAUGACCACACAUGGUGAGGAGACGGCGUUUGGGUACCAUGCUAAGAUUGGUAUUCCUAAAGCCACCAGAUUGUUGAUGGCAGAAUCUAUGACGCGGAUCAUUGGCGGUAGUGCUGUGUCAGCCAAUACUGCGCAUCCUCAUCAGGCUGGUCUCAUAGCUCUCCUCACCAACCGCGCUACCUCAAUCUGCGGCGGAUCCCUCAUAUCCAACACCAGGAUCCUCACAGCAGCCCACUGCUGGGACGACGGCCAGAACCGGGCCACCCAGUUCACAGUCGUUCUGGGCAGCACUACCAUCUUCACUGGAGGAACUAGAGUGGUCACGAAGGACGUGACUGUUCACGCGAACUGGAAUACUCAGUCAGUGACAAAUGACAUCAUGAUCGCGAGGAUCACCAGCGUCACUUUCAGCAAUAGCAUCCGAGCGAUCGCGAUCCCCACAGCUGCGGAAGCGAGUCUAAACUUCGCAGGCCUGACAGGCACCGUUGCGGGAUACGGGAAGACCAAUGACGCCCAAUCCAGCUUCCCCACCACGACCACUCUCCACUCGGUCAAUCUCCCAAUCAUCACCAACGCGGUCUGCCAGAGCAGCUUCCAGAUGGCUCUGCAUGCCAGCCACCUGUGCACCAGCGGCGCUGGAGCCAAGGGCACCUGCGAUGGAGACUCCGGCGGCCCUUUGACUGUUGUGUCCAAUAACAGACUAGUUCAGGUGGGCAUAGUGUCAUUUGGCCUGUCAGAUUCCUGCCAGUCUGGUCACCCAUCCGUGUACACCAGGAUCACGUCGUUCCUCAGCUGGAUCAGCGCUAACAUGUGAAGAAACCCAAAAAUCGAUGACUUUUGAUAUUUCUGUUUGUAGUUGAAUAAAUUUUGUUUGCAUUGCA